AUGCUAGUGCAAGCUUAUAACCUAAUGGCUCAUGCCUUCCUUCUCUUCCUCUUAUUCUCUUGCAUUAUAUCUACAAAUAUUCAUGCCUGCAAACAAACUGAAUGCAGCUCCCUCCUGUCCUUUGCCUCCACUCUAUCUUCUCCUCCUUUAAAUUGGACAUCCAUUGACUGUGAUUGUUGUCAUUGGAAGGGCAUCACUUGUGAUCAAGAUGGUUGGGUCACCCGUUUGCUCUUGCCUUCCAAAGGGCUCAAAGGAGAUAUCUCUCCCUUUUCACUCGCAAAUCUCACACAUCUCACCCACUUGAACCUUUCCCACAAUUCACUAUAUGGCUCACUUGAAACUCAGUUCUUCUUUUCUUUGAAUCAACUUGAGAUCCUUGAUUUGAGCUAUAACCGUCUUUUUGGAGAACUACCACUUUCUCUAUCAUCCAGCAAUAUCAGGACAGUUGAUUUGUCCAGCAAUGGCUUCUUUGGUUCAAUUCCAUCUUCAUUCUUCCAACAAGCAAGCAACUUGACUAGUUUCAAUGUCAGCAAUAAUAUCUUCACAGGGCUAUUGGAUUUUUCUUCCAAUCUCUUUAAUGGCGACCUUGCUCCUGGGCUAGGGAAGUGUUCUGAACUGCAAGUUUUUCAUGCCGGUCACAAUUACCUCUCUGGAUUACUUCCAGAAGAUAUCUAUAAUGCUACCAAACUUGAAGAAAUUUCAUUACCUCUCAAUUCACUACAUGGAGCCAUUAGUGAUAAUAUUGUCAACCUCAGUAACCUCGCAACCCUUGAUCUCUACUAUAAUCAUUUUGGCGGUGAGCUUCCUCUCAAUUUGGGGAAGCUAUCUAAGUUGAAGUUUGUGAACCUUGAUUUCAACAAUUUAGAAGGUGCUUUGCCCCCAUCUUUGAUAAAUUGCACAAAAAUUAUGGAAUUGCUUUUGGGAUCCAACAACUUGGAAGGAGAUAUCUCCAUGCUUGAUUUUUCCAGACUUAGUCAACUUGCUAAACUUGACCUAAGGAAGAAUAACUUCAUUGGUACAAUUCCAAGAAGCCUUUACUCAUGUAGGUCCCUAAAAGCCAUUGGAUUGUCUGAAAAUCAUCUAGAGGGACAAAUAGAAGCUGAGAUUCUUUCAUUGAAAUCCUUGUCCUUCCUCUCUCUUGGUUACAAUCGAUUCACCAACCUCACAGGGGCAAUGAAGAUAUUGAUGAAUUGCAGAAGUCUUCACGCACUCUUGCUUAGUGGUUCCUUUGUGGGUGAGGGAAUACCAUCUGAUGAUGACAUGGUUGAUUUUGACGGAUUCCAAAAUCUUCGGGUGUUUUCUUUGGCUUAUUGCAACCUCACUGGUCAAAUACCUCUUCAUGGGCGGAAUUCAAGUUUUUCCAUCCCAAAAAUUGUCAUUUAUCGACUAUGGAUAGACAUAUCUAAUAAUAACAUUGUUGCUGAAAUACCUACUGAGAUCGGCCAAUCGCACCUUCUCCAAGGAUUGACUCUUGGCUACAACAAUUUCUCCGGCAUCAUUCCAGACCAAAUAUCUAACCUAAAAAAUUUAGAGAUUUUGGACUUCUCAACGAAUCACUUGUCUGGAAUAAUCCCAUCAUCAUUGGCAAGCCUUAAUUUCUUAAAAGAAUUUAAUGUCUCAUACAAUAAUCUUGAAGAACCAAUACCAACAGGCACCCAGCUCCAAAGCUUCAACGCUUCUGCCUUUGAAGGGAAUCCAAAACUUUGCAGUGCCCCACUUUUAAAUAAGUGCAGACCAAAUAAGGACAUGGAUGCAGAUAACAAGAACAACAAUGACGAGGGCAAUGGGCAUCAUCAACUUCCAUGGUUUUGUAUUUUCGCUGUGUUGGGGUUCAUAGUAGGAUUUUGGGGAGUCUGUGGUUCUUUAGUUAUUAACAAUACAUGGAGAUAUGCGUAUUUUCGAUUCAUAGACAAUCUACAAGAUAGGCUCUAA